ACUAAAAUUUAAUAACAUGCUUGAACUAGAGGGCGUAGGGAAAAAUGGCUGGUGUCCUGAAGAAGACAACAUGUUUAACAGGAUUGGCUGUUGCCAAAAAUCCUCAUCAUACGCUGAGUGUGCUGUACAACAAAAUUCUAAGAGCUUUACAAAAAAUGCCUCAGGAAGCUGCCUACCGUAAACACACUGAGGAGCUUGUGAAGGGGAGACUAGCUGUUGUUGAAUCUGAAGAAAAUAUAGGCACAUUGGAAAAUAAAAUUGGUUGUGGACAAGUGGAAGAGUUAAUUAUACAGGCAGAGAACGAAUUAUUAUUAACUCGAAAAAUGUUGGGUUGGAAACCCUGGGAACCAUUAGUUCAAGAACCACCUCCAAAUCAAUGGAAAUGGCCAAUGUAAUGAAUGUUUGAAAAGUGCAGUAGUUUGUGGAUAAAGACAGUAGUUUCUAGUUUAAAUCAAUAAAAUGUUAUGUAUAGAACCUUGGAUUUAAUAUGCAUAAACAUCUAGUAGUAUUAAUUAUGAUGUUUUGUAUUUUUGGACUUUAGUGUAAUAUUAAAUGUGUUAAGAAUCCGUUGCAGAAACUAAUUAAACAUUAUGCCAUGGGUAUGUUUUGUGUUGAAAUGUUAUCUUCUAACAUGAGAGUAAAACAGAGUUUAAGAUGGUUGGACUAGUGUUUAACUCUGAUAUUUGAUGUAGAAUCAACACUCCUGUGAUGCACAGCUUCAUUAAUAUUGAGAUAACAAGCUUGAAGCAUAACAUUUCCAACAUAUGAAUCAAAACAAUGUAUAAGACUGUCAUGGCAAGUUUCAAAUGUUGAUUUUCCAUCAAAAAUCAUUGAGUUACGUAUUACAAUAAAAAAAACUGCACAGUUUCCUAACUACUUCACAUUACUAGAAUGACAGAAUCAUUCUGUCAGAUUCUACUGUGUUUUGUUUUAUAGCUAAAAUAUACUUGAAGAAUUUGAUGUUAUUGGAUGAGUUAUUUUAACAUCAUCUUUCAGAUUCAAUAAAAUGAGUAAAGCGAUUAA